GAUCAGUUUGUUUGUUUACAUAAAUUUGCGAAAUUACGCGCAAUUAAAGUGUUUAAGUUGUUCAAGAAUGCCGUGCAUAUAUUAAACAAGUCAUAACAUAUCACAAAACCUCUCCUUUUUUUCUGGAAAUCUUUCAAAUUUUGUUUUUAUGCCACUUUUAUAGAUAUCUUGUUUUGCUUAUUUACUUCAGAAUGGAUGCAAUGCUAAAUUCCAAAGCAUCUUCUCUGUGUUUCGUCAGAGAUGAAUUUUCUUCUGAUGAUUUUAGUGUGGACAAAUUUGUUAGUGAUUGCCGAAAAUAUGCAUCUUUGGAAACAAUGCAGGAAGACCUUAAUUUGUAUCAUAAAAUGCUAUGUGCUGCACUGAUUGAACUUAUCAAUCAGGAUUACACAGAUUUCUUGAAUUUGUCUAGUAAUCUGGUUGGCUUGGAUAAGAGCAUUAAGAAUGUAGCAUCACCUUUGGAGCAAUUGAAAAAAGAAAUAGAGGACUCCAAAAAGAAUUUGGAUGAAACAUCUGAUUCUGCUCAUGCAUUAUUUGUGGAAAGAGAUUCUACACAUAAGAUGAAGGUUUUAGUUAAGCAUGUUCUUUGCGUUCUGCAUGGACUCAAGAAAAUUGAAGAUAUUAAACCUGAAGAAAAAGAAAGCUUACCUUUGGAUGUUUUAGAGAGACUAGCAUUUGACUGGAACUUAGUUAGAUUUCACAAGAAAAAAGUGUCUGCAGUUUCAAGUGUCUUGGAUCAUAAAACAGAGGAAAUUGAAUACAUAUCAUUCAGCCUUGAUGUUCACCUAGAAAAUUUAUUUCUUCAAUGUUUUGUGAUCGAUAAAAGUUGUCUAUUGAAAGUUCUACGUAUAUAUUCAGUAAUCAACAAUGAACAAGAAGUUGAAAAAUGUUUUAGAAACAAGAUAGUAAAACCUUUUGCAGAAAAUCUUAUUACAGAAGAAAAUAUUACAAAACAUGGUCUUUCAAAUGUGUAUGAAUUAAUUUUAGAAUUCAUUCCCAAGAAAUGUAAAUACCUGCUUGAAGUAACUAGAGGAACCAACAGGAAUGUUGAAUUUGUUCCUGGGUUUGAUUUCCUGGUAAAUUCCUUUUUCCCUGAAGUAGUUUUUUGCUUUGAAUACAUUGCACCAGUUUAUGUAUAUGCUCCCGGUGACCCAGAACUUUUCCACAGAAAUUAUGUUGCCUGCAUGGAUUUUCUGGAUAAGUUUGAAAAUUUGUGCCAAGUUCAAGCUAGUGUAAGGCGCCUUCGAACUCAUCCAUCCUACCAGAAAUUUUUAGCAAAAUUUAAUUUGGAUUUAUACUUUCAAAUCAGAUUUCAGGAAAUAGCUGGCCGUUUUGAAAGUGCUCUCUUCCAACCAUUUGAUUCUCCAAAUCCUUCUGAAACUGUUGAAAAUGGAAAUUUGUAUGAACUGAAUUCAACAAAUUCUUUGUUUUACUGUUUGAAUCUGUGCUGGUCAAAUGAUAUAUUCUUAGUACCUUUAACCUCUAAUUUCUGGCAUUUGACCCUGCAACUCCUGAGUAGAUAUUGCAAUUGGGCAUAUUCUUCCUUGAAAUCUAAUGACUGUGAUAUUUCACCAGAAAAAGCAGCUUUGAUAAUAAAAGAUGUUGAAAGGUUAUCCCUUGAACUUACAACAUUGUUUCAAGUAUCCAUCAAAUCAAAAGUGUUUAAUAAGGAGUUGGGAAACCUUUUAGAAUUGGCAUUUCGUGACGCAGUGCAUUUAUUACAAGAAAUUCCUCCUUUAUCUGGUGCUAACAUUGUAUCCUCACUAAUCAAGCAGUGUUCAACACACUUAAAGUUAAUAACAGAUAUUCCUAGGUUGUACAGGAAAACAAAUCGCCAAAUGCCAACAAAGCCAUCUGGAUAUAUCUCUCAAAUAAAAAACUGUUUGACAACAUUUCAAGUGCAAACAAGAUCUAUAUUACCUUUAAAAUGGAAAAAUUAUUGCUUGGAAAAUGUUGUAGAAGGCAUUGUAAAUCAGUCUUUAGAGAUAAUUCGUGAUGUUCUUACUUCAAUUAAGAAAAUGGAGGAUAGUUUGAAAAUUUUGAAACGAGCAAGAGAAAAUAAACCCACAGAAAGCACAACAGGAACAAAUACCACAGAUGAUGACAAGAUUAGACACCAGUUAGCAAUAGAUGUAAAACAUCUUGAGGAACUGAUUUCAGCUAUUGGUGUUGAUGGUGGUAGCGUGAAAAGUUUUAGCGAAUUGAAAGAACUUGUUACAUCUGCUGACAAAACUGUUGGUUAAAAUAAAUUGUAUCAAAAUUAUAGCAACUGUAAUUUAUUUUGUAACUAAAAUGCAAUUUUUCAGAUAUUUAUUAUUAAAUUUGUUUUGAAAUGGC